UCUCUUUCUUCCUCACCACACUCUCUCAUCUCCGUUCUUGUUCACUUUUGUCUCUCUGUCUCUUCCUCCGUAACAAAAAAAAACAAUGUCUUCCAUGUUCGGCUCGGAUGUCUUUGAAAGCAUUGUUGUUGUCGAGAAUGGAGGCGAUGAUGAUGAUGGAGGCUACGAUUACGCCCCGGCCGCAUGAGCUGAAGUUACGAUUCUUGCUUAUAGGUAUUCAUAGAUUUUUGGGACGCCGACCAUGUCGCAGACGAACUGGGAAGCUGAUAAAAUGUUGGAUGUCUACAUCCAUGACUACCUUAUAAAGAGGAAGUUGCAUGCUUCUGCCAAUGCAUUUCAGGCUGAGGGCAAAGUAUCGACUGAUCCCGUUGCUAUUGAUGCUCCUGGUGGGUUUUUGUUCGAGUGGUGGUCUGUCUUUUGGGACAUAUUCAUUGCUCGAACGAAUGAAAAGCACUCAGAAGCUGCGGCAGCUUAUCUCGAGGUCAGAUAUAAGAUCCAAAUACUUGAUCACAUCUG